AGGAGCAAAGCUCUGGCCCGGCGCGGAGUGGGCGCUGUACGGGGACGCUGGGCCGGGCACCGGGCUGUGUGGAGAAGUGGGCGCGCUCACCUGACCCCGUCCUCGCCAACCCGAGCCAGAAGGGGCGAACUCCUGAGGCUCUCGUCCUCCGCAACCUCCUCCCGGCAGCGUCGGCGUGCACUAGGCCCAGCCAGCUCGCUGCCGCCGACCCUCCCUUCUCCUCCGCCCAGCCGCUGGGUCUGUGGUGGAAGCAGCCCGAACAAGACACUCAAGGUGAAGGAUAUCUACUAAUACCAGCACUUUGAAUGAAAGUUUGUUUCUCUGCCACAAUUGAACACUUUUGUGUGUGUCUGGGGGGGAGUUGAAACACAAACCUAAUUUUGUGGCAUAGCAGCUAUGCAGCUUGAAAUCCAAGUAGCACUUUUCAUUAUUUCAUAUCUGUACAAUAAGCUUCCCAGGAGACGUGUCAACAUUUUUGGUGAAGAGCUUGAAAGACUUCUUAAGAAGAAAUAUGAAGGGCACUGGUAUCCUGAAAAGCCAUAUAAAGGAUCAGGGUUUAGAUGUAUACACAUAGGGGAGGUGGACCCAGUGAUUGAACAAGCAUCCGAGAGUGGUUUGGACAUUGAUGAUGUUCGUGGCAAUCUGCCACAGGAUCUUAGCGUUUGGAUCGACCCGUUUGAGGUUUCCUACCAAAUUGGUGAAAAGGGACCAGUGAAGGUACUUUAUGUGGAUGAUAAUAAUGAUGGAUGUGAGUUGGAGGAGAUCAACAGCUUUAACCCAGAGGCCCAGGUUUUUAUGCCCAUAAGUGACCCAGCCUCAUCAGUGUCCAGCUCUCCAUCGCCUCCCUUUGGUCACUCUGCUGCUGUAAGCCCUACCUUCAUGCCCCGGUCCACUCAGCCUUUAACCUUUACCACUGCCACUUUCGCUGCCACCAAGUUCGGCUCUACCAUGAAGAAUAGUGGCCGCAGCAACAAGGUCGCACGUACUUCUCCUAUCAACCUCGGCUUGAAUGUGAAUGACCUCUUGAAGCAGAAAGCCAUCUCUUCCUCAAUGCACUCUCUGUAUGGGCUUGGCCUGGGUAGCCCGCAGCAGCCGCAGCAGCAGCAGCAGCCAUCCCAGCCGCCGCCGCCACCGCCACCACCACAGCAGCAGCAGCAGCAGCAGAAAACCUCUGUUUCUCCUAAUGCCAAGGAAUUUAUUUUUCCUAAUAUGCAGGGUCAAGGUAGUAGUACCAGUGGAAUGUUCCCAGGUGACAGCCUUAACCUCAGUCCUCUCCAGUACAGUAAUGCCUUUGAUGUGUUUUCGGCCUAUGGAGGCCUCAACGAGAAGUCUUUUGUAGAUGGCUUGAAUUUUAGCUUGAAUAACAUGCAGUAUUCUAACCAGUUCCAGCCUGUUAUGGCUAACUAAAAAAA